CACACAUUUUUGACAUUUUGUUUGUCAAACCAUUUUUUAUUUUCGUUUAUAUUUUGUCAGCUUUGUUUAUAAAAGUACACCUACAAUCAACCUCUAAAAAAAUUUAAGUGGAAUUUUUAUCGUAAAUCAUGGCAUUGGCAUUGCAAAAAAGAAAUAACGUUCGAUUACCGCCGGAGGUAAAUCGAGUGCUGUAUGUCCGGAAUCUUCCCUAUAAGAUCACAUCCGACGAGAUGUACGAUAUUUUUGGCAAAUACGGAGCUAUUCGUCAAAUCAGGGUGGGAAAUACACCGGAAACUCGCGGAACGGCUUUCGUAGUUUACGAGGACAUUUUCGAUGCCAAGAAUGCCUGUGACCAUUUGUCGGGAUUCAACGUUUGUAAUCGAUAUCUAGUGGUGCUGUAUUACCAGUCCACUAAGGCCUUCAAACGACUGGACGUAGAUAAGAAGCAGGAGGAGUUGGACCAGAUGAAGGCUAAAUACAAUAUCAAUUCGGACGAUUUGAGGAAAUAAUUGUGUGUUAGGGAACACUGUUUAGAGUAAGCAAUAAACAUAAUUAUUUCGUAUAAAUAUUUAUAAUAA